CAAUCAGAAAGCCCUUUUCAUUGCAGGAGAAGAGGACAAAGAUACUCAGAGAGAAAAAGUAAAGGACAGAAGAAGGAGACUGGAGAGACCAGGAUCCUUCCAGCUGAACAAAGUCAGCCGCAAAACAGACUAGCCAACAGGCUACAAUUGGAGUCAGAGUGCCAAAGACAUGGGCUUGUUAGAGUGUUGUGCUAGAUGUCUGGUAGGGGCCCCCUUUGCUUCCCUGGUGGCCACUGGAUUGUGUUUCUUUGGAGUGGCACUGUUCUGUGGAUGUGGACAUGAAGCUCUCACUGGUACAGAAAAGCUAAUUGAGACCUAUUUCUCCAAAAACUACCAGGACUAUGAGUAUCUCAUUAAUGUGAUUCAUGCUUUCCAGUAUGUCAUCUAUGGAACUGCCUCUUUCUUCUUCCUUUAUGGGGCCCUCCUGCUGGCUGAGGGCUUCUACACCACCGGCGCUGUCAGGCAGAUCUUUGGCGACUACAAGACCACCAUCUGCGGCAAGGGCCUGAGCGCAACGGUAACAGGGGGCCAGAAGGGGAGGGGUUCCAGAGGCCAACAUCAAGCUCAUUCUUUGGAGCGGGUGUGUCAUUGUUUGGGAAAAUGGCUAGGACAUCCCGACAAGUUUGUGGGCAUCACCUAUGCCCUGACUGUUGUAUGGCUCCUGGUGUUUGCCUGCUCGGCUGUGCCUGUGUACAUUUACUUCAAUACCUGGACCACCUGUCAGUCUAUUGCCUUCCCUAGCAAGACCUCUGCCAGUAUAGGCAGUCUCUGCGCUGAUGCCAGAAUGUAUGGUGUUCUCCCAUGGAAUGCUUUCCCUGGCAAGGUUUGUGGCUCCAACCUUCUGUCCAUCUGCAAAACAGCUGAGUUCCAAAUGACUUUCCACCUGUUUAUUGCUGCAUUUGUGGGUGCUGCGGCCACACUAGUUUCCCUGCUCACCUUCAUGAUUGCUGCCACUUACAACUUCGCCGUCCUUAAACUCAUGGGCCGAGGCACCAAGUUCUGAGCUCCCAUAGAAAUCCCCCUUUGUCUAAUAGCGAGGCUCUAACCACACAGCCUACAGUGUUGUGUCUUAACUCUGCCUUUGCCACUGAUUGGCCCUCUUCUUACUUGAUGAGUAUAACAAGAAAGGAGAGUCUUGCAGUGAUUAAUCUCUCUCUGUGGACUCUCCCUCUUAGUACCUCUAUUAGUCAUUUUGCUCCACAGCAGGCUCCUGCUAGAAAUGGGGAAUGCCUGAGAAGGUGAUUCCCCAGCUGCAAGUCGCAGAGGAAUGGAAGCUCUAAUUGAUAUUGCAAGCAUCUCCUGAAGACCAGGAUGUGUUUGCUUCCUUCUCAAAGGGCACUUCCAACUGAGGAAAACAGAAUGGAAAGAUUCUCAGGUAGAGAGCAGAAAUGGCCUUGGUCUUCUUGCCAUCAGUAGGAGUCAAAUACAUUCUCUUUGAUGCACAAAACCAAGAACUCACUCUUACCUUCCUGUUUCCACUGAAGACAGAAGAAAAUAAAAAGAAUGCUAGCAAGGCAGUAACAUUUGCCCAAAUCUGCCUCCUGCAGCUGGGAGAAGGGUGUCAAAGCAAGGAUCUUUCGCCCUUAGAAAGAGAGCUCUGACGCCAGUGGCAAUGGACUAUUUAAGCCCUAACUCAGCCAACUUUCCUUACGGCAAUUAGGGAGCACAGUGCCUGUAUAGACAAAGCGGGGUGGUGGGGGGGGGGUGCAUCAUCUGUCCUUAUAGCUCAUUAGGAAGAGAAACAGUGUUGUCAGGAUCAUCUCACUCCCUUCUCCUUGAUAACAGCUACCAUGACAACCUUGUGGUUUCCAAGGAGCUGAGAAUAGAAGGGAACUAGCUUAUUUGAAAUAAGCCUGUGACCUAAGGAGCAUCAGUUGGUGGAUGCUAAAGGUGUAAUUUGAAAUGGCCCUCGGGUAAAUGCAAGAUACUUAACUCUUUGGAUAGCAUGUCUUCUUCCCCCACCCCCAUCAGUUAGUUCUGGCCCCUGGCCUCUGGCAUAAUAUCUUCACAAUGGUGCUUUUUUCCUGGGUUUUAUCCAUUCACUCAUAGCAGGUGAUUAGAUGAUCUUGAUUAGUUUCAGAAUGAUUCGCGUUUCAUGUUUCCCAAUUGUUUAUCUCUUUUUUUUUGGAGUUGUAUCAGAAAGACCUGGAGAAUAGUUCUUUUUGAAAACAAGAAGGAAAAACUGGACAGAAAGCAUCACAAAAAUAUUUGAAAUUGUAUGUUCCCAUGAAAUUAUAGGGAAUUCCCCCAAGUAGUCUACCGUUUGUAGAACUAGGCUUGGUAAAUUUGAACCUCAAUUUGAAUAACUAGUCUGGUAUUUUCUUUUCUAAUAAAUGACAGAUGAUUUUACUUGCUAAUAUUAUCUCAGCAUUUUGAUAAUUUAGGCUUACCAUAGAGGUUAUUGUCUCUUGGUAUAUAUAGGUCACAUAAUAGAUUAUGCCAGCUUUAGCGUUCAGUUCAUAAGCUUCCAUAGAGCUCUGGAGACACAGAGAGGACAGACAGAAUUUGAAACCUAAAGAACUCCCAGAUUUCAGGCUUAUCCUGUAUUUGUUAACUUUGGGUCAAAGAAAAAAGAAAAGAAA